GUGACCUGAAAUUUUCAACUAUAACUGUAACGUAACUGAACUGCAUGAACUUAACUCCUUACCUUAAUUGACUUGAACUUGAGAAAUUACUUUUCUUCUAAUCUUUAAUAGUGAGGAUAUGUUGACAUUUUCUAGCCAUAAAACUUAUAAUGAGCUGUGUUUUACUAGAAAUCAAAACACCAACCCAUGUAUACGGGUUAUGAGCCAGAUUUAAUCUAUCCUAUUUUAUCCAACAUGUUUUCCUUGUUUAUCCUCCAUUUUCACGAUGUGCAGCUCAAUCUAACUUCUGAGGGGAAUUGUCACUUUCACUCGUUACCUGUGAUUAUAAAUCCUAUUGUUAUUGUUUAAUAAUUAUAUAAGUCACUGUUUUGCCAAGUAACAAUGUUUAAUUCCAUGUAUUUUUGUAGUUAUGAUCCGUUUUCUUAGAAAAACGUGCUUCCACUUUCGUUUCAAGAUGCCAUUUUGAACUGUUUCCGGUACGUUACUAGGGACGACCGGCUACAGCUAAUUUAUUGACGAAAUUCUGCGAUCGGAUUUUUGUGUAUUUUCUUCAUUGAAAAGUUAAGAUGUCGUUAACACAGUUCAAAGGUAGAGGGAGAGCCUACAAGUGCGUGAGAUGCGGCAAGGUGGAUAGAAAGGGAAGAAUGGUGUCACACGUUCUGAAACACCAUGUGCCAUUUGAUCGAGUACCUUAUUCGUGCUCGUUUUGUUCCUUCAGAUGUACAGACAAGAAGUCCCUAUUAGACCAUAUUAAGAAAUACUCCAGGCAUCGUGAUGAGGAAACCAGGUUUGGUCAACCAGAUUAUUCGAAGAUAUUAAAGAUGGCUGAAAAUCCUUACGUUAUAGGGGUGGACGACAUGGUACAGCUAAGCAAAGAACUUUCAGUGCAGUGGCAUGGCAGGCACUUAACACAAUCUGAGAACCCGUUUGAUGAUUCAGAAGGUUUAUUCGAGGAAGAAGAAGAUGACGUUAUCAUGUCAGGUGGUUUACCUUUGCCAAAGUGGCUAGUUGCUAGUACUCCUUCCAAGGCUUCAGCAACAGAAACAUCUAGUUAUGAUGCUGGGAAUCGAACAUCACAACAUGCUACGCCACAGUUGUUUUUCGCAAACAAAGCACCGUAUGCAACUCAACUUGCCGUUCAACAACAACUUCAACAACAGCAACUACAACAACAACAACUGAACAUUGCUAGUCACGCCAAUAACUACAAUGUACCCAAAAAUCACACCACCUAUCUACCAUAUUCAAAAUUGAACUUGAAUACCAACAACAACAACAAGCUUUUCCUGCCAACGUUGAAUGACAUACCCACUCCAGCUAAAUUGGGUAGGGCUAGAAAAAAUUAA